AUGGCAGAGUUGAUCCCCACGCAAAUCAACUGGCAGGUCCCAACCAAUUCUGGGGCACAUCACACCAACUGCUUUGCCAGCACAGAGUUUAUCAUCCGCCGUGGGCAGAAAUUCGACUUCACGCUGUACUUCAACAGGGCUCCACAGGCAGGGGAGAGCCUGGCGUUCGUAGCAGAGACGGGUCCAGCCCCUUCGGAGUCCUACCACACCAUGAACGUGUUUGCCCUGUCCAACGCGCUGGAUGGGGGGGCCUGGUCUGCAGUGCAAAGAUCGAGUGACGCCAACUGCAUCAACUUCUCCAUGUGCAGCCCCAGCAGUGCUGCUAUUGGCCGCUACAAGCUGAGCCUGCGGGUGACCUGUGGCAACCAGAUGGCAACCAGGCUCCUGGGAAAGUUUGUCCUACUCUUCAACCCCUGGUGCUCAGGGGAUCUGGUUCAUAUGGCAAACGAGCCGGAAAGGCAAGAAUACGUCUUGAACGAAAAUGGUAUUAUCUUUGUGGGCAAUGCCAAUUACAUUGAAGCUCGAGGAUGGUACUAUGGCCAGUUUCAAGAGAACAUCCUCAGACUCUGCCUUCACCUCCUGGACAUGAGCCUCUACCACCGCCAGGACCCAGCGGGUGAUGCAUCGCGUCGGAGAGACCCCCGGUACGUGGGACGCAUCGUCAGCUCCAUGGUCAAUGGCAACGAUCAGGACAACGGGGUGCUGGAGGGCAAGUGGAGUGAGGAGUUUGGCCACCACGAGAACCCCUCCCGGUGGGACGGAAGCGUGGCCAUCCUGAGGAAGUGGGCUCAGGACAAUUACAGACCUGUCCAGUACGGGCAGUGCUGGGUCUUUGCCGGUGUGGCAGGCACAGUCUUGAGGUGCUUGGGAAUCCCGACUCGUCUGGUCACCAACUUCAAUUCUGCCCAUGAUUCAGACUCAAACCUGAGCAUUGAUAAAUACUACGACCCCUCUGGAAAGAGCCUCAAGAUGGGACAAGACUCUGUAUGGGAUUACCACGUCUGGAACGAAAGCUGGUUUGUCCGGAGGGACCUGGGCGGGGCUUAUAGCGGCUGGCAAGUGAUCGACGCCACCCCGCAAGAGAGAAGCCAAGGGAUCUUCCAGUGUGGGCCAGCCUCCGUUCUGGCAGUCAAGCAAGGGGACGUGAAGCUGAACUACGACACGGCUUUUGUGUACACCGAGGUGAACGCCGACAUCAACCGCUGGGUCGUGCAAAGCAACGGGAAACGCACGAAAGCCUACUGCGACACCUCGUCCAUCGGCAGAGCCCUGAGCACUAAAGCUGUGGGCAGCAACCACCGGGUGGACGUGACCAAUAACUACAAAUUCCCUGAAGGCUCCGCGGAGGAAAGAAGCGUGUACCAGAAGGCCUGUGCCCAGCUCUCCGGCUCCAGCGCGGCGGCCAGGAAUGCCAGCCCCUCCGACGCAGCGGCUUCCGAGUUGAUUUCCCACCCAGAGCUCUUCGGGAAAUUUAAGCUGGCCCAGCCACCGGUGCUCGGCAAGGACAUCAACCUGAUCCUCACGCUCUCCAACCUGUCCACCUCCCCCAAGUCGGUCACCGUCAACCUGAGCGUCUCCAGCGUCCUCUACACCCGCAGGGCCGUCAGAGAGAUCCUGAAGGAGGCCAUCACGCUGAGCCUGGGCUCCAAGGAAGAAAAGCACCUCCCGCUGCGGAUUACCUACGCCCACUAUGGCAAUUCCCUGACCGACGACAAGAAGCUCCUGGUGACAGCCUUGUGCGAUGUGUUAGGGGGCGUGAAGCUGCUGGUGGAGAAGGCCAUCACCCUCGAGAGCCCGAGCCUCUCCAUCACGGUUCCUCCGAAGGUGUUUGCCAACGCGCCCGCUACAGUGGAAAUCUCCUACGCCAACCCCCUUCCUGAGCCAGUGAAGGACUGCGUGCUGCUGGUGACCCUGAUGGGCCAGGCCGUCAAGAUCAACGUGGCAGACCUUGCACCCGGGGAGCGGUCAAAAAUCUACUUUGAGUUCACGCCUCGCUGCACAGGAGCCAUGCAGCUGCACGUCGACUUCUCCUGCAGCAAGUUCCACCACGUCAAGAGCUUUGUGCUCAUGGAUGUGGCCUCAGCCGGCCCAGUUUAACUGGGGGAGGCACGGGGGGAGGACGGCAUCUCUCCUGCUCCUACCCUACCAUUAAACCUUUGU